AGCGGAUAUGAGCCGAGGAGUUUCGAUGAGCUGCUCUUGUGUCCGUUUUUAUCAUUAACCUGUCAAAAUUUGGUCUUGCUAAGUGAACACGCACACGACAGAAAAUGUCGGAAACGGGAAACCGACUGCGGAAACUGCUCGAGUCGCCUAAUUUCGACCCGCAAAAUUACGUCAAGCAGCUGUCCCAGCAGUCCGACGGCGACAGAGAUCUGCAGGAGCAUCGUCAAAAAAUCCAAAACUUGGCCGACGAGACGGCCCAAAACCUGAAGAAAAAUGUCUACAAGAACUACAGACAGUUCAUCGAAACGGCCAAAGAGAUUUCCUACCUGGAGAGUGAAAUGUACCAGCUGAGCCACAUCCUCACAGAGCAGAAGAGCAUCAUGGAGAGCAUCACUCAGGCCCUGCUGUCCACUGAUAAGGAUGAGACCUCCAAAGAGAUGCAGGCUGCCUUCCCCAAAGAAACAGAGGAGUUGAAGCAGAGGACGCUCACCUCGCUCCUGGAGAAGGUGGAGGGGGGUAAAAACAUCAUGGACACUCCGGGGAGACACCUUGUAUACAAUGGAGAUCUUGUUGAGUUUGAUGUGGACAACAUGUCCCCCAUCCAGAAGGUGCACGCCUUCCUCAUGAAUGACUGCCUGUUAAUCGCCACCUGGCUGCCAAACCGUAGAGGCACUGUGAAGUAUAAAUACAACGCCCUGUACGACCUGGAGAGCUUUGCUGUGGUCAACGUGAAAGACAACCCCCCUAUGAAGGACAUGUUCAAGAUCCUCAUGUUCCCAGACAGUCGCAUCUUCCAGGCAGAGAACAGCAAAAUCAAGAAGGAGUGGCUGGAGAUCCUGGACGAAACCAAGAAGAACAAAGUCACCAAGGACAGGCACAAGAAAGAGGAGGAGCCACCUACUUCCCCUGUAAGAGCGGAAGUGUCCACCAAUCCUUUUGAUGAGGACGAUGAUGACGAGCCAGCUGACGCUGAAGAACGUGUGAACCUCAGCCUUGAGUGGAUUCAGGAGCUGCCAGAGGAUCUGGACGUCUGCAUUGCCCAGAGAGACUUCGAGGGCGCUGUGGACCUGCUGGACAAGCUCAAUGAGUAUCUCAAAGACCAGCCGGUCACCCAGAAGGUCAAAGAGCUCAGGUCGAAGGUGGAUGAGCGUGUACGGCAGCUGACGGAGGUGCUGGUGUUCGAGCUGUCUCCAGAUCGCUCGCUUCGUGGAGGACCUAAAGCCACCCGACGGGCUGUGUCCCAGCUGAUCAGACUAGGCCAGUCUACGAAGGCCUGUGAGCUGUUUCUGAAGAACCGCGCUGCUGCCGUGCAGACAGCUAUACGGCAGCUUCGCAUUGAAGGAGCCACGCUGCUCUACAUCCACAAACUCUGCAACAUCUUCUUCACCAGCUUGCUGGAGACGGCCAAGGAGUUUGAAAUGGAUUUUGCGGGAAACACCGGGUGUUACUCUGCCUUUGUGGUCUGGUCCAAAUCAGCCAUGAGGAUGUUUGUGGAUGCCUUCAGCAAACAGGUGUUUGACAGUAAGGAGAGCCUGUCGACAGCAGCAGAGUGUGUUAAAGUGGCUAAAGAACAUUGUCAGCAGCUGACUGAGAUCGGCCUGGACCUGACCUUCACCCUGCAGUCCCUGCUGGUCAAAGACAUCAAAGCAGCCCUGCAGAGCUACAAGGACAUCAUCAUCGAAGCCACCAAGCACCGAAACUCAGAGGAGAUGUGGAGGAGGAUGAACCUCAUGACCCCCGAGGCUCUGGCCAAACUCAAGGACGAGAUGCGCAGCUGUGGCAUGGGCAGUUUCGAGCAGUACACUGGUGAUGACUGCUGGGUGAACCUGAGCUACACCAUUGUGGCCUUCACAAAGCAAAUGAUGAGCUUCUUGGAGGAAGGCCUGAAACUCUACUUCCCUGAGCUGCACAUGGUGCUGCUGGAGAGUCUGAGGGAGAUCAUCCUGGUGGCUGUCCAGCACGUGGACUACAGCCUCCGCUGUGAGCAGGAUCCUGAGAAGAAGGCCUUCAUCAUGCAGAACGCCACCUUCCUCCACGACACCGUGCUUCCUGUUGUGGAGCGGAGGUUUGAGGAGGGCGUGGGCAAGCCGGCCAAACAACUGCAGGACCUGAGGAAGAGCACCAGGCCGGUUCGAAUCAAUCCGGAGAGCACCACAUCUGUGGUCUGAGACUGAGACGAACUUCUUUAAGGUGUGAAACUGCAAUAAAGGAUGGUGAACAAAACACUUACAUGUUCUGUUAAUGUCCUGGCAAUUUCAACUCCUGUUUUAGAAAGGACUGUUAGACAUUGGUUGUUUUGAGACUGCAGGACAGGACAGAUGCAUCAUGGAGAACAGUCACAUUAACAUAAGAAAAAAAAGAUUGGUAUAUGGAAAAAGCUACUUUGCACCUGAAUUUGCUCUGACUCUCAAAGAAAAUACUUAUUGAUUGGUUCAUACUGAUGAGAAGUGAUCUGUAUGUUAAUUUUCUGAUCAUAUUGGCAAUGUUAUGUGCAGCUUUGGGCACACGUGUGACUUUCCCUGAAAUCUGAUAACAGUUGAUUACAGACAUUGGCAGAAAUCUUUACUGGGUAUCUGUGCACUCACCAGGAAAAGGUAAUAAACUGUCUUUGAUUUUCAGGCUACUUGACCCUUAAUAGACACUAAAGAGUAUUCUAGUUCACUAGGACUGAUUAAAAGGGAUGACUGAAGAGAAAAUGCACUGGUAAAUGUUUGUUGUUAUAAUAGUCAAAAUUUACAAGUUUGUGUUUGACAGUAACACAUGAAAUGUAAUAAAGACCACCAUGUAUAAAUG